CAGUGAAUCUGUGCUCUGGAAUGAUGAUUCAUUCACAAGGACUUCCAAGAAUUUCACUGCAGAAGUGACAGAUAUGUGCUUUUUGAACUCAAAAGAGGAAGGUAGGUUGUAUGUGCACAUUUCCUUCUAGUUAAAAAGUCCCAGGAUCUUUGGAUGGCACUAAAGUAGCUGUGGACUUGCUAGAUAACUCAGUGGGUAAGUCCAUCUAGCUGCAGAGUCAGGAGCUGGGGAGUGCCGGACCUCUACUUCCAGAGAGAAGAGCCAGCCUGUGCAGCCUAGGCCAAGCUCCAUGUUCCCAGAGUACCACCAGAAGUGUCAACCAGUAAAUCAGUUCUGAGUACUUUAUACCUAGAAAAUCUUGGAAAGAUUGCAGUAAGUCGGAAUCAACUUUGCAGCAUACAAUUAUUAUAUUAUUAAAGUUGCUGAGAGGAGAACCUCAUCGAGACGGGCAAGAAUGGCACCAACCAGGAUCUACCAGAAGUGUGAGGAACCCGAGCAGACUAUUAUCAGCAACCUGAGUACACAAACAGCAGCUGGUUUCCCAUUAAAAUACUGCAAGUGUGCUUCAGAGAAAACACAUGUGCUCAUUCUUUACAUUCUGAAUGGCUUGUCAUUUCUCCUGUGGAUCAUCCUACUCUCUCUGGCAUCAAAAUAUUCUGAGAUGGCCAGUGAACUUGAACAGCUGCGGAACAAUCAAACUGUACUGAGAGCAAAUGGUUCCAACAUGGAAAAUCAAUUGAAGGCGCUUCAUUCCAAGAAUUCUGCCUAUGGUUUAAAACUAAAUGAGAGUCUGAAUAUGUUGGCGAGUCAUAAGGAACUGCUAAAAGGAGUGGACAAUAAGAUGGGUAAUCUGGAAACUGAGGCCAGAAAGCUCCGGGACAACACCUUUAAGCUAACAGAUGCACUAUAUAAGAUUAACGCCUCGGCCUGCCGAGUGUGCCCAGAGGGUUGGCUGCUGAACAAGGGGCACUGCUACCACUUUCGAACAAUGAGUAAGCACUGGUCUUUUGCCAAGACAUCAUGCGAGGAGGAAGACAGUCAGUUGAUUAUCAUCAAUGACGAGGAGGAGCAGAAAUUUCUUGACUCACAGAAGAAUUCCAAGUCCUACUGGAUUGGUCUCCAUGACAUUUCGUCAGAAAACAAAUUUAUCUGGGUGGAUAACUCUUCUCCAUCAUAUACCCAUUGGAAUCCACGGGAACCCAACAAUUAUGGCCAUGGAGAAGACUGUGUUGAAAUGACCUCUUCGGGUUUUUGGAAUGAUCGUGAGUGUGGUAGCACAACAGAUGGUUGGAUCUGUGAAAAGCCCUGGCAGUGUUAACACUGUCCAGCAGGAAUGGACCUGAAACUGUGCAACUAAUGAUCCUCAUGGUUCUCUAGUUGGAUCUUCGUUGAUCAGAUCUUCCAGCAGUAGAAACUUUGACUUUCUUCAAGGUUAUAGGUUUGACAGUCUGUCUGAAAGCAAGGGAGAUGACACUGGAACCAGACUACAUCAGUGAGCCAGUGGAAAGCUAGAAUUACAGGAGAAAGUUCUAGCCUUUCUCCACCAUUCACUAGACAUCCCUGAAUUCCUGGAACUGGACAUAAAAUCUAGAAGCCCUCGCUUCAGUUCCACUUUUCCUUCUUCUACUAUGCAUCUUACAUUAACUUAGUUCUAAAUCUUAUUGAUUUUAUAUCCAGCUAAGAGUAUGAUCACAUGGAGAUACAGAUCACAAUUUCGACCACUUGUGGAGCAGUCUGGCAUGAUCUAUUACCCGUUGAUAACACAACUCACAGGGAAAUGCACUCUAUCCUGACCCUUAUUCAUGCCCAAGCGGGAUAUUUUUGAUCCAGCUGUAAAGUUCUACUUUUGGGGGGCAGGCUAAGUAAUUCCACAGCAGAUGGAAGGGUCACUUUAAGGGAGAUCACUCUGAUCAGACUGAGCUGGCUGUGAAGAUGUGCUAGGAAGAAAUUAAGAACUUGUGGAAUAUGAAAUAUGGAAUUCAGUUUCUGAACUCUUCUGUGUAUCUGUGAGGGUACAGGAACUUAAUCACUUAACCAGAGUGUGGUGUCGACCCUAAGUUAUGCAUUAUUCAUAAGUUAUAUGUCAAUGUGGUUGUGAGGCAGGGCCAAGAGAGGUGCUGAGUGGCAGAGCCUGGGAGAGAAGGAGGUCAGUCAGAGAGAGCUAGAGAAGAGGAUAGUUUGGGGGUUUAAGGCAGAGAGAGAGUAGUCAGAGAGUGACCUGUAUUAAUUAAUAUAGAAGAGAUUAAAGUAAAAAUUGAAGCUUUGUGGAACGUUAAG